AUGGCCCAACCAACAACGUCGUCAGACCAAGUCUCCACCACAAACCAUCCGCAAGACAACUCCAACGAGCAACAAGCGCCCGCCAUGAAACCUCAAUUCAAGCUCAAACAACCCUGGGAAGCACCCAUCUUCCACCAAGCCUUCAAAACCAAAGCAGGCGAAGACCCACCCCCAGACCCAACCCCCCUCCUCACACCCGCACCAUCCAUCGUCUUCGUCCCUGCCGCCAACACCCCCUUCUCCACCGCCAUCCUCGCCCUCCCCGCCUUCCCUCCAUCCUCCAUCAUCGAAUUCCGACACCUCCCCCCAAAAAACAUCCCGAUACCAACCACCCCGAAUAUCCUCCCCACCACACCGCAAGUCUACGCCAUAUCGCCUUCCCACACCCUACCCCCAGGCUCCACAUACCACUGCAGCACGCUCUUCGACCUGCGCCUCAUCCUGCCGCACCUCACGCCCACGCAGCGCCGCGCGAUUCAAACGCUUAAGAUCCCGGUGGGCGACGGCGGAGUGCGCGCUGUGGGGAGUGCUAUCACCCCGAGCACGUGA